AUGUCAAAUGACAAUGUGGAGUAUCCCAAUUUCAUGAUCCAAUUGAUGCACUACAUCAUUCGAAUCUGCCUUGGAUUUCCAUUGGACUUCUCAUUCGCCCUUUCAGCUCUGCAGACCAAGUGCCUCGAGGACCUCUUGACAGUCUUGGGAGAUGAUGCUAGCACCCCCUGGAAGAGGAUGAUCGCCUAUCACAAGAUGGCAUGGUCGCUGGUCGAUCCAGACCUCAACCAGCGCAUCACCAAUUACUGGGCAAAUCCCAUUCAGCGAGCUGUCUGGCUGAGGGCACUUCGCGCAGACAGAAACUUCUGUGAAGCUGCAGGCCUCACCCCAGACCUGGCAAAAUUAAAGUACCUCUGCAAUGCCACCUUGCUCCUGGAAGCGCUCCUGGAUAAAGACAAGGAUGCGGAUUCCGUGCACGCCGACGACCGUGAGCGCAUGGCUCAAGUUCAUCAGCGCAUGCUGUGCCUUGGUCCUCUGACCACUUUCAACUUCAUCUACGAGGUGCAGCAGUAUGUAUCGUCGUUCACUUUGAAUCCAAUGAAAGAAGCAGACGUGUAUGUGGAUCCAGAGGUGUGGUCCAUCACCAUCGGCACCCAAACCAUGUGUAUGGAAAAGCUUCGAGAGGGGAUCCAGGGAAUACUGAGGGACUUCAAAUCGUGCUAUGCUGCCCUCACGGGCGACAACAUCGUGCUGACCAGCAUGCCAGAUCAGGUCAAGGACGACCACACCAAUACCACCUGA